AUGAGCCAUCUCUACGGCAGCCACCUCUCCCCCAUGGGCAGCCCGUCCAUGCUCUACCUCCCGGCCGCGCUGGGCUUCGCCCCCAGCGGCGCUCUCUCCCGGCAGGACCCCCCGCAGAAACCCCCCUACAGCUACAUCGCCCUCAUCGCCAUGGCCAUCAAGGAGGCUCCGGAGCAGAAGGUGACCCUGAGCGGCAUCUACCAGUUCAUCAUGGACCGCUUCCCCUUCUACCACGACAACAAGCAGGGCUGGCAGAACAGCAUCCGCCACAACCUCUCCCUCAACGACUGCUUCGUCAAGGUGCCCCGGGAGAAGGGGAGGCCGGGCAAGGGCAGCUACUGGACCCUGGACCCUCGCUGCUUGGACAUGUUCGAGAACGGCAACUACCGACGGAGGAAGAGGAAGCCCAAAGCCGCGGGGCUCCCGGAGGCUCGGAGCGGUGCCGUGCCCCCCGACGGCGGCCGCCCCGACGAGCCCAAGCGGGCCAAGGGGAGCGGAGCGGGGCACAGCCCGGCGGCGGACUCGGGCGACGAAGGGGCUCCGGGACCGGCUGCCGGUGGCGGGGGGGGAGAAGGGGUUGCCCCCGGGAGACCUCCCCGCUGCUCCUCCGCCGCCGCCCCCCGGGCUCCCGCCGCCUCCGGGGGGCCGCCCGCCGCCCCCCCGGCGCUCAAGAGCGGUCCUCGGGGUCGCAGCUUCAGCAUCGAGAGCAUCCUCGCCCAGGGGUUGCGGCAGCCCCCCCCCGGGGCCGCCCCCAAGGCCCGGGAGAGCCCCGUCGGUUGCCUCGGCGGCUCUCUGGUCGCCAGCGGGGGCUUCGGGCCGGCCCUCAACGCCUCCCUCAUGCUCGACUCCCAGGUGCACGGCAGGCUCUACCACAUCGGCAUCCCCUUCCUCUCCUGCUUCCCUCUCCACUUCUCCGAGGCCGUACUGAAUUUCCAGUAGGUGCCCCCCACCCCUCCAGCCCCCUCGCUGCUCGCUGGAGGGCACAGCCCGGACUCGGACCUCGCCACGCGGGUAAAAGACCAAAAAACGCUCUUAGAGGUGACUCAGGAUUUCAGGGCAUUUUCAAGGCACGUCUCGCU